GGGGCGGCGGGAAGAAGGCGUGGCCCCGGCGCGGCCCCUCCCUCUCGCCGCCAGCCGCCAUCGCGCACGCACGCCCCGGGCCGCUCUCCUCCGCCGCCACCUCCUGCAAGAUGCGUUACGUCGCGGCUUACCUCCUGGCCGUCCUCGGCGGCAAUGAGGCUCCCACGUCAAAGGACUUAAAGAAGAUCCUCGACAGCGUUGGCAUCGAGACAGACGAUGAACGCAUGAACAAGGUUAUCAGUGAGCUGAAUGGGAAGAACAUUGAAGAUGUCAUUGCUCAGGGUAACGGGAAGCUGGCCAGCAUGCCAGCUGGGGGAGCUGUGGCUGUGGCUGCUGGAGGAGGCUCUGCUGCUCCUGCUGCUGCUGCUGCCCCUGCUGCAGCUGAGGAGAAGAAAGAAGAGAAGAAAGAGGAAUCUGAAGAGUCAGAUGAUGAUAUGGGAUUUGGCCUCUUUGAUUAAUUAUUUGUUAGAGAGAUUAUUAAAAUCCUUUGUUUAAAAUGGA